AUAUAUUGUUCCAUUAUUAAUGCACUUGCAAAUCUCCAAGAACUUGAAAGACGAGUCCGUGAAUCCAUUUUCAUUUUUCUUCCGUUGAUUGAUUCAUUGCUGAAACAUACAAAAACUUUGAGAAAUCAUGGGAGCCGAAAAGAUCUGCAAUGGCUGCACUGAUGUGGUAGAAGUUGUAGGCGAUGAAGAUGGAGAUGGCAACACCGAGUCGUAUCAGUUAUCGACUCUUUCCGUCGACCUUUCUCUUCCUCUUCCCGCCAUGACUCCUCGCAUAAUCGAGUUGUGUAAGGAUCUGUUCAAGGAGUGGUCGGAGCUUGACGGUUCUCGGUUCUCCGUUGAAACGGUCUCUGGUGGAAUCACUAAUAAACUGCUUAAAGUUACGGUGGAAGAGGAAAGUGGUACUUAUGUUUCUGUCACCGUCAGACUAUAUGGACCGAACACGGAUUACGUUAUUGAUCGUGACAGGGAACUGCAGGCAAUCAAAUAUCUUUCAGCUGCAGGAUUUGGUGCCAAGCUUCUUGGAGUUUUUAAAAAUGGAAUGGUGCAGUCAUUUAUUCAUGCACGUACACUAGAACCAUCAGAUAUGAGAAAGCCAGAGCUAGCUGCUGAAAUUGCUAAACAACUUAAUAAAUUCCACAAAGUUUAUAUUCCAGGUUCUAGUGAACCUCAGUUAUGGAACGAAAUCUUAAAAUUUUACGAGAAAGCCUCUGCACUGCAAUUUGAGGAUACUGGGAAGCAAAGUAUAUACGAUACAAUUUCAUUCAAGGAAAUUCACAAUGAAAUCCUUGAGAUUAAGGAACUAACAAGCCUUCUUAAUGCACCCGUAGUGUUUGCUCACAAUGACCUGCUUUCUGGGAACCUAAUGCUAAAUGAGGAAGAAGGACGACUGUACUUCAUUGAUUUCGAGUAUGGAUCAUACAGUUAUAGAGGCUUUGACAUCGGUAAUCACUUCAAUGAAUAUGCAGGCUAUGACUGUGACUACAGCUGUUAUCCAUCCAAGGAGGAACAGUAUCAUUUCUUCAGGCAUUAUUUACAACCUGAAAAACCAGAUGAGGUUUCUCAAAAAGAUCUUGAAGCUCUCUACGUGGAGUCGAACACAUUCAUGCUGGCUUCUCACUUGUAUUGGGCUUUAUGGGCGCUUAUACAGGCAAGGAUGUCUCCGAUUGAUUUCGAUUACCUUGGUUAUUUCUUCCUACGUUACGACGAAUAUAAAAAGCAGAAAGAAACAUAUUGCACUUUGGCGAGAUCUUUCCUUGCUCGGUCAGGAUUGGGUCGUAGUUCUGCAUAGAAGAUAGACAAUUUGGGGCGGAUAGGAUGAGCAAAGUUUGUAUUUUUCAUCUUUUUACUGGUUUUGUUUAAUAUCUGUUGUAAAGUUGUAUUUUGUACUCUAAUAAUUCGGUCAUAAACUUCAAAGAAUCUAUCGCAGAACUUUCUUUUCAUUGUCAGUUCUGAGAAGAUUUUAGGCUUCCAAAUAUAGUCGAUUUGAAAGGACUUUUCUCCAUGUUAUUAUUGGAAAUAAAAGUAUACAAAAUGAAAUGAAUUAUGUGAUCCCAAAA